AUGGAGCAACAAUCCCAACUCCUUGAAGCAGCUACCGAUUUCGCCCACUACCCUGGUUCUCACAGUGAUGAUUCUGCAAGACAAUUUCUCAAUCGAUUCCCUCUCCCACUCAUAAUCAAUGCAUUGCAGACUCAAUUUGAUGUGCCUGCCCUUGAAACUACUCUAGUUCUGUGCCUUGAAAGGUUAUUCAAAACAAAGUUCGGCGCAUCUUUCAUUCCACAGUAUAUGGCGUUUGUUCAAGUUGGUCUGCAGGCAGAUUCUCAAGCAGUCAGAUCCUUAGCUUGUAAAACAGUCACUUGUCUUGUGGAGAAUCUUGACAAUUCUGACACAGUUGCUGCUCAUCUUGUUAAAGAAUUUAACAUAUAUCCACUUUUGCUUGAUUGCCUUAUUAAUGGGGAGAGCAUUCAAAAUGUUGAAUCUGAUUUCGAGUUUUUGGUCCUACCUAAUUUGCCCGUGGCUCCUCUCUUAAGUCCUAUUACCGGUCCUACAAUUGAGUCUCCCGAGUCGACUGUUAAUCCUAUGUCAAGUCCUAUUACCGAUCCUUCUAUUAUUGAUCCUACUUCUAUUUUGGUCCCUUCUUUGUCGUCUGUUUUGCACGAACCAUCAUCUUCCACACGAACAAAAACUAAGGCUGGUGAGCCAACCAUGGUGUAUCACAGAAGAAGUAAGCCCGACCUGCUCCAAACACUACUUCAAUUUUCAGAACCGGAGGUAAGUGUUGAAACUCAGAGUCCUAUUAGUGAUUCCCAUAGCUCUGACACUUGUGACACUAAUACAGAUGAUUUGCCCAUUGUUUGA